CGAAGACCGAAACCCCACCCAGAUUCGGGACCGCGGUGGAAGCAAGAGUUGUCCGGGCGAUUGGGUCAUUCUCAGCGAGAGCAAGUAUUGUUCUCAUCGUGGAAACCACGGCUUCCUCUCCCUUUCUGAAAGAAUGUGGUGAGGUCGGAUGCGUUGAAGAAAUCAAGGGUUGUUCGACAGUGCCUUUGCUGAUGUCCGCCCAAAGCUGCUCUCCCAACCGCCUGGCUAUCUCCUCCGCCUCUGCGUCUAUAUCUUCAUCAUCGUCAUCCUCGACCUCAUCGUAGUCUUCCUCCUCCUCUUCCUCUUCUUCCCAUCGUUUAUGUCCAUUGCUGUCGGCUGAAUGUUCAACCUGAAUUUCCUCUGACAUCGCUCUCCUCAAUAAUAGACAGGAAGGAAACAAGGAGCGGAAACAAGAAACGGAAAACCGUUCGAAAACUGUUCCUUUUUAGUUUGCUUCUGUUUCUAAAGAUGAAAAUGUUCGGAUGGAGAAGGUUGAGCAGAACACCGUAACUUCCGUCUCCUCCCACUAUGUCGAAGACUGCCAAGGAUCUAACGGCUGGAACCGUUGGGGGUAUUGCCCAGGUUCUUGUUGGUCAACCCUUCGAUAUCGUCAAAGUACGGAUGCAAACGGCCUCAAAGGGCACGUAUACCGGGAUGUUGCACUGUGCUGGAGGAAUUCUGAAAAAUGAAGGACCUCUGGCUUUUUACAAGGGAACAUUGACGCCACUCCUUGGAAUUGGAGUUUGCGUUUCAAUACAGUUUGGUGCACUGGAAUAUGCCAAACGUCUCUUUGCGGCACAGAACCUCGCGGCUGGGAAGGGAGGUGAAGCGGGGAAGACUCUUGGUGGUGGUCAGCUCUUCACAGCAGGAGUCUUCGCUGGCCUAGCGAACGGCGUUGUAUCAGGCCCAGUGGAGCAUAUUCGAAUUCGUCUCCAAACCCAAUCGAACACGAAUCCGACUUACAAGGGACCCUAUGACGCCAUAAAGAAGAUAUAUAGUCAACAUGGCAUUGCCGGCAUCUACAAAGGCCAGGCAGUCACACUCUUGCGCGAAGCUUCAGGAUACGGCGUAUACUUCCUGGCGUAUGAGAAACUUGUUCAAUGGGAGAUGGGCAAGAAGGGCAUUAGACGAGACCAAAUCAGCCCAGCGAACGCUGUUCUAUAUGGCGCUUCAGCUGGCUAUGCUCUCUGGGCGGUUAUAUACCCCAUAGAUAUGAUCAAGUCGCGGAUGCAAACCGAUGGAUUUUCCCCGUCGACUGGACAGAAAUACAAGUCUACCUUGGAUUGCGUACGCACUGUUUGGCGGACAGAAGGUAUUGGGGCAUUUACACGUGGACUUGGCCCAACAUUGAUUCGAUCACCAUUCGCAAAUGGUGCCACAUUCCUUGGAUUCGAGAUGGCAAUGCGCGUUUUGGACCGGUUAUGAACCGAGAAACUCGACCAGUAGCGGGUGGCCGAGAUCCUCAUACCCAUGGAUUAAUUAUUGGCGGGGAUUUAUGUAGUAUUCUCUCCGCUUCUUCAGGAAUUUAGACAGCACAACAACUAGAUGAAUGGGGAUUAUUUUGACAUU